AUGGAAGACCCUGUGAUCCGCAUACCCCCCUACCACUAUGUCCAUGUGCUGGACCUCAACAGCAAUGUCACUCGCGUGGAGGUUGGGCCCCACACCUACAUCCGGCAGGAUCACGAGAGGGUGAUGUUCGCCCCCAGGCGCAUGGUGAUGGUGCCCCCACGGCACUACUGCGUGGUGCUCAACCCUGUGGCCCGGAGCCCUACGGGGGCUGUGCUGGUCGAUGGAGCAGGGCAGGCCCGUCUGCGGCACGCUGACCUUGAUAUCCGCCUGGCCCAGGAGCCCUUCCCCCUAUACCCCGGCGAGGAGAUCCAGCAGGGCAUCACCCCACUGCAGGUGGUGCUGGCCGACACUGCUCUGCGCCUGCGGGCCCUGCUUGACUUCAAGGACGAGGAUGGGAACAAGUUUGUGGCAGGAGAUGAGUGGCUCUUCGAGGGUCCUGGUACCUACAUCCCCCGCAAGGAAGUGGAGGUGGCCGAGAUGCUGCAGGCCACUGUCAUUGGGCACAACCAGGCCAUCCGCCUGCGAGCACGCAAGGAGUGCCUCGACCGCUAUGGCACCCGCCGCGUCACAGGUGAGGAGUGGCUGAUGAAACAGGUGGGCGCCUACCUGCCCGGUGUCUACGAGGAGGUGGUUGACGUUGUGGAUGCCUACAUCCUCACUGACAAGAAAGCCCUGCACCUGCGGGCAACACGGACCUUUGAGGACGAGCAGGGCCGGGUGUGGCGCACAGGCGAGGAGUGGCUGGUAACCCAGGCACAGAGCGAGGCCUACAUCCCGGAGGUGUUCGAGGAGGUGGUAACCGAGGUGGUGGUGACAACGCUGGGCCCCCGGCAGUACUGCGUGGUGCUUGACCCUGUGGGGCCCAACGGGCAGCCCCAGCUGGGCCAGCAGCUUGUUGUCAAGGGGGAGAAGUCCUUCUUUUUGAAGCCGGGUGAGCGGCUCCAGGCUGGCAUCCAGGAUGUCUAUGUGCUCUCUGAGGAUGAGGGGCUGCUGCUCCAGGCACUCCAGACCAUCAAGGACACCAAUGAGGAGGGGACAGAGGUGACGCGGCGGGCAGGUGACCGCUGGCUGGCCCGGGGCCCCCUCGAGUACGUUCCACCAGCUGAGGUGGCCGUGCUGGAGCGACGCCAGGCCGUGGCCCUUGCUGACAAUGAGGGCAUCUACGUGCGUGACAUCCGCACUGGCAAGGUGCGGGUGGUGACGGGCCAGACCUACAUGCUGACAGAGGCCGAGGAGCUGUGGGAGAAGGAGCUGCCCCCUGGGGUAGAGGCAUUGCUGGCCGAAGCCCAUGGAGACACCCGUGGCAUGGACACCAGGGUCCACUCUUUCUCCAGCCCGGAUGUUGGGGUCCCCCAACGUGACCGCACCCGCGCCGUCACCUACCAGGUGCCCCACAAUGCCGCUGUGCAGGUCUACGACUACCGGGAGCGGCGGGCGCGGGUGGUGCUGGGCCCCGAGCUGGUGGUGCUAGGCCCCGGGGAGCAGCUGACAGUCCUGUCCCUCUCAGCGGGGCGCCCCAAGCGUCCGCAUGCCCGCCGCAGCCUCUGCCUCCGCCUCGGCCCCGACUUCUGUGCUGACAUCGUCACCAUCGAGACAUCCCGCGUGCGUGGCGCUGGGGCGGCCGUCACCUUUGAUGACUUCCACAAGAACUCCAAUCGUCUCAUCUGCUCAGCUGUGUUUGGCUUUGAUGAGGGUGGGCGGCUGCGGGAACAGCUCCGCUUUGCACCCAAUGGGCUGGUGGUGACGAGCGUCGACAUCCAGAGCGUGGAGCCCGUGGACCAGCGCACCCGUGAUGCCCUGCAGCGCAGUGUCCAGCUGGCCAUUGAGAUCGCCACCAACUCUCAGGAGGCUGCCGCCAGGCACGAGGCAGAGCGGCUGGCGCAGGAGGCCCGGGGACGCCUGGAGCGGAGGAGUGGCCAGCAUUGUGACCGCCCCCAGGUGAAGCUGCUGCAGGGCCUGGGGCUGCAGUCCACCCUCAUCACCGAUGGCACCGCCCCCCUCAACCUCUUUGCCACUGCCCGGGGGCUGCUGGGGCUGGCCCCUCCCCCAGAAGGCUCCACCCCCCAAGGCCCCACCCUCUGA